GUUAUGAAUUUAUUAAUAUUUUUAAACGAGAUCCAAAAGUAACAAAACAUAUUAUGCAAUUACAUAAACUUCAUUUAACAAGAAAAGAAGAAGAGGAGAAGGUAGAAAUCAAAAAAGAAUUGUAUUAUAAAUCAUCUUAUGAAUUAGAUGAUUUCUGGGUUCCAAAAAUAAUAUUUAAUUGGAUUAAAGAAAAUUUAUUUACAAAAAAGAAACAGUAUAAGAGUAUAAUGAUUGUGGGGAAUACUCGUUUAGGUAAAACUGCUUUGUUUAGAUCUUUAAAAUUACCACAUAUAUAUUAUUGUAAGCUUAGAGAAUCAAAACAAUGGAAUAAUAAUGCAAAAUAUGUGAUACUUGACGAUAUUGAUUUUUUUAAACAUAAUGGUGAUCAAAAAAGAUCAAUAAUGGAUACGUAUAGAGAAAUGUUAUUUUGUCAAGAAGAAUUUAAUUUACGAACGGCGUAUUCGAAAACCAUUAAAAAUAAAGGAAAUUUCGAUUUACGAAAAAAGGAUGAGGAUGGAAAUUUAACAAAUGAAUCUUUGCGUUAUGGUGGAAGUGUGGUUAUUAGUUAUAUAGAUAAAGAUGGGGAUGAAAAAGAAUUGGUGUUAACUUUGGAGGAUUUUGAAUAUGAUAAAAUGUUAAAUUAUGAAAAUGGUGGUAAUGGGAAACGUAGAAUGAGUUAUGAUGAAAAUGAAAGAGAGAGUGAAAAUAUAAAACGUGGUAUAUUUGCUAAUGAAAAUAUUGUAAACGAAUGGUACAAUGCAGUAAAAGAAUUGCAAAGAUUAAAUCCUGCUCAAGAAAAAUUUGCAAUUGAAAAAGUUGAUUCGAAUUGGUACACAUUACCACAUUCAGAUCAUAUUAUUCAGCUUAUUUAUAAUGUACAUGAAAAGGAUGGUGGUGGCGGUUCUGGAUCGGGAGGAGGUAAUUCAACUGGUAAUCCAAAUAAUCCAGGAUCAAAUUCAGGUUCUGGAAAUACAUCUGGUAAUCCUGGUUCAAAUACAGGUCAAGGAGGCAAUCCAACUGGUGGAAAUGGUGGUUCGGCUAGUAAUAAUAAUCCUACUGGAGGAGGUUCGAAUACUGGAGGUUCUAAUCCAAAUGAAUCAGGUGCUAAUAAACCACCUAAUAAUUCCGGAUCUGGUUUAAAUCAAAAACAAAAACUUGCAUUAGACGAGAUAUUUAAAAAUCUUCAAAUGCAACGAACUGACAAUGACGAUAAUGAUCUUGAAGAACUUAGAAAAGUUUCACAAAGACUUGCAGAAUUACUUAAUAUGCAAAAU